CCGCAAUUCGGUGCGAAUAGCUGCCGCGGGAGUGAAUGCUCGCCCAUCGCGGGCAUGGUGAACUGCAGUCGGGUGUUGCUCAGAAAGUAUGGAAACUUCAUUGAUAACUUGAGAGUCUUCACCAGGGGAGGAAGUGGUGGAAUGGGCUACCCUCGCUUAGGUGGAGAAGGUGGAAAAGGUGGUGACGUCUGGGUUGUAGCCCAUAACAAAAUGACUUUAAAACAACUUAAAGAUAAAUAUCCUCAGAAACGGUUUGCGGCUGGAGAAGGAGCAAACAGCCGAGUUAGUGCACUGAAAGGCUCCAAAGGAAAAGACUGUGAAAUUCCUGUACCUGUGGGUAUUUCAAUAACUGAUGAAAAUGGUAAAAUUAUAGGAGAACUCAAUAAAGAGAAAGACAGAAUUUUGGUAGCUGAAGGAGGUCUUGGUGGUAAAUUACUUACAAAUUUCUUACCAUUGAAAGGCCAGAAACGAGUAAUUCACCUUGAUCUAAAACUUAUAGCUGAUAUAGGCUUGGUGGGAUUCCCAAAUGCUGGAAAAUCCUCUUUGCUAAGUAAGAUUUCUCAUGCAAAACCUGCAAUUGCGGAUUAUGCAUUUACAACAUUAAAGCCUGAACUUGGAAAAAUUAUGUAUACUGAUUUCCAACAGAUAUCAGUAGCUGAUCUUCCUGGUUUAAUAGAAGGAGCACAUAUGAACAAAGGAAUGGGCCACAAAUUCCUCAAGCAUAUAGAAAGAACUAAACAACUACUUUUUGUUGUUGAUGUUUCUGGAUUUCAGCUUUCUUCGCAAACUCAAUACAGAACUGCCUUUGAAACCAUACUACUGCUUUCAAAAGAGUUGGAGUUGUACAGAGAGGAACUUCAGACAAAACCUGCGCUCCUGGCAGUUAAUAAAAUGGACUUGCCAGAUGCCCAAGAUAAAUUCCACGUACUGAUGAACCAACUCCAGAAUCCUAAAGAUUUUUUACAUUUGUUUGAAAAACACAUGAUUCCAGAGAGGACCGUGGAGUUCCAACACAUCAUCCCCAUGUCUGCAGUUACUGGAGAAGGAAUUGAUGAACUAAAGAACUGUAUAAGGAAAUCUCUGGAUGAACACACCAACCAGGAAAAUGAUGCAUAUCAUAAGAAGCAGUUGCUUAAUUUACAUAUUUCCAAUACAGUAUCUUAUAGUGAGCCACCAUCAAAGAAUGCUGUUGCUAGUCCCAGAAUAGAUAUAACUUAAAUCUGUUAAAAGUGAUAUUGAAAUUGCGUUCAUUUGGAAGCUUUUCCACAGACAUAUUUUUUAGAAGGUUAGUUGUUACUAACCUGGUGUAUAUGCCAUCAUUCAAGAACCAUACUUUUUAAAGAUGUUUUGUACUUAAGUCUAUCAACAGUAAAAAAAAAGUAACUGAGGGUUAAAAAUGACAGUUUAUAAUUUUAUGGCCAAUCCACCUAUAAUAAAAUCCUAUAAUAUUCCUGUACAUAUGUCUCUAGUGAGAUCAUUUUUUUAAUUAUAUAAAGGAUUCCGUAUGAGCAACUAGGUUUUGUUUGUCUUUAAGUCUGUCAUGUACCUGGUUCUACUAAAUAUAUAAUAGUUUGGAAAACCUCAAACCCUAAAUUUGAACAUAUUCAGUGAUAAUAAAGACCACUGAUAAUCAGUA